AUGUCUACGCAAAAUUCGCGAAGCAUUCUUUUUACACACACCAAUCCUCAGCAGGGCUUCAGGUUACUGGAACUUACCCCGGAGCUGGAGCAACUACUGACGUCGAAAGAUGCACCUGUACUCGAACUCAAAUCACCCUCUGCAGCCCUCGCGCAGGCCGUAGUCGACCCAGCCGCCCAAGAAUACGUCAAUAUUUGCAGCGCAACGCAAACCUACCGCAUUCGCCAAGUCCAAUCCUCCAACUCCCUCCACAUUCUCCGCCCAAGCCAUGGAGAAAUCUCCAAAGCAGACAUCAAAGUCGUUGAAGAGGAUGGGGACGCUGGCGCCCUGAACCUCCCCGACGAGGCCGUAACAACCAUUGCAAAGUGCUCCUCAACACUAGAGCUACAUGUCCCACCGGGAGGGUUCUCAGCUGUCCCAUUUUUGGAAAAGAGUCUACGACUAUAUGAUCGACGCGAUGACGACGAUAUAGAAAUGGAGGACUCUGCUCGUUCGGGGCCAUUGGCAGCGCCGGAGAUGCGCGCAGUGAGAGAGCAGAUCUGUUUAGAUAUUCCUGUGUCAACGGCGCAGUUCGAGCAGGGCUGGAUGGAGCUUUGUGCAUUUGUGGACGGCGGCGAGGAAGUGGCGGCUUGGCGGCCGUCGGCGCGGGCACGUUUGCGUGUUUGGAAGCGGUUGACUGAGGGCGCUGUUCUACAGAACAUUGAUCUUGAGAAACAGUUUCUUGUUGGCGAUCUGUGGAACUCCGUUCUUGAUGAGGACGACGAACAAGAGCCGCCGUUUCCUCGCGCGUUACUGGAGGCUGUUGUGAGACGUAUCUGCGUCGCUGAUGAGCGGCCUCCAUUGGCGGAUGAGAUUAAAUGGGCAAGUUUCAACAAGGUUGAGUGUGCACAAUGGGUGGGUGAGACGUACUUAGCUGCUACUGCUCCUACUGUAUCUUCUUCUAUUGGAAGGAGUGAAUUCCUCCAUGCGUGGAAGGACUGUCUGCCUGAAUCUUGGAGGGAUGAAGCAGCGCUGUCAAAGCUGACGACUGGCUGUUACCAGAGUCCUGAUCCUACCACUAUAUGCUUUGUCGAGGUAUCACAGCGACAAGAUACCCCCAAAGCCGCCGCCGCGGGGUCAAACAACACCGCAAAGACUAAGAACGCCAGGAACUGGCAUGAGUUGCUCAAAGGCCGCCGAUGA